AUGCUGGGAUUUUUGAAAAUUCUUAUUGUUGUGUGGUCAAUAUUGACCACAUGUUUGAGCGAGGAAUUUAAUUGUAGUUUCAAAACCGAAUGCGACGGAGAUAAAUGUGACGAAACAGCAAAGAUCAAGAAAGUAUUGGAGGAUUAUUUGAAAAGACAAACUUUUCAAAUUACCUGCGACCAAUUUACAAAACUUCCUGAAAGUGAUGAUGAAAAAAGAUACACGGAAAUUGAAAAACAAAUGGAAAGUGUAAUAGACAGACUCGACAACAUGGGUCAACUAGAGACUUGGUACAAAGCAAGUAACAAAUUCUACUAUAAAAUAUUUGAUGAUAAAGUGGAUUACGCAACUGCUAAAUUAAAUUGUAUAAAAGUGGGGGCAAUGCUGUCAUCAGAGGGGAUUCGUGAUCAUACAAUUCACAAUCAACUUGUGCCAUUGAUCAAGUCUGGCAAAUUUCCAGUGUGGAUUGGUCUGGACGAUAUAAACCAAGAAAACACGUUUGUCUGGUCAAAUGGAACUGUCGCAAAUCCUCGAACAAUUCCAUGGCUUUUUGGACAACCAGAUGGCGGUAGAGAGAAUGACCAAGAUUGUGUGAAAACUAGUUCUGAUAGUUAUUUUCUACUGAAUGACGAAAGAUGCUCGAAAAAAUUGAAAUAUCUUUGUGAGAAGAAAUGA